AUGAGAGAAUUUUCAAAUAUUGUAUCUACGAUUUCAAAGUUAUCAAAAGAAUGCGUAUUGAGGUUGUCUACAGACCAGAUUUAUUUUAUAGUUAGUGAUGAUAACAGCGGUCCUACACCGCCAAUACUGUGGUGCGAGAUACCGCAGUCGAUGUUCUUUUCGGAGUACCAAUUAAUUGGUGUGGAUUAUGAACACAAUGACAUUUAUUUAGGGUUCACUUCAGCCAAUUUAGCCAGACCACUGGUAACACUGAAAUCAGCGAAAACAUUGAAGAUGAAGUUAACAAAGAAACAAUGUCCAUGCCUAACGUUAGAAAUUGAAAUGCCUUCUUCAACAUCUCCACAAACAAGACAAGUCACACAUGAUAUACCAGCGAUUGUAGUGCCUAGAAAAAUUUGGUCAGAUUUUCAUGAGCCUCAAGUACCAAAGCCCGAUAUUUCAAUAGAGCUGCCACCGUUGAAACAGCUCAGAACAUCAAUAGACCGUAUGAGAACAAUGGCUACAGAUGUGAUAAUACGAGCCUCAGCUGAGGGUAGGCUUACGUUGCAGAUCAAAACUGAUAUGGCUAAAGUUUCUACUAGAUAUAAAGGAUUGAGAGUUGACAACUUUGAAGGUCCAAUAGAACAUUCAGACUCUGAAACGGAGAGUCAAAUUAAUGAAGAUCUAUCGCGAGUCUGCGUAUGUCGAGUGGACGCGAAAAAGCUAUCCAUGUUCCUAAGUGCAGACCAAAUAUCACACAACCGGAUAAUUUGUAGUAUAGUGCAUAAACGAUUGGUGAUAUUGUGCCUACAGACUGAUGAAAAUGUUAAGUUGCAGUGUUUUAUUACUGGGAUUGUAUAUUAA